AUGAACAUAAACUGCAAUAGUCAUAGUGAUUGUUCUGAUGAAAAUAUUCAGAGAUAUCUAGAUUACAUCGAAGCUUUAGAAGAAGAACGUCGCAAGAUUCAAGUUUUUCAACGUGAACUCCCCAUCUGUUUUGAACUUGUCACUCAAGAAAUUGAGGCACAAAAGCAACAGUUAUCAGGAAUAACAACAGAGUAUGAUCAUAAUGUGAUAUCUGAAUGUUCUGAGCAGACAUCAAGUGAAGGGCCAGUUCUGGAAGAGUUUAUUCCUAUAAAGAGAACCUUAUCCACUUCUGUUGAUGACGAACAAGAAUUUAAGAGGUCAAAGAAUAAUACUAAUGUUAGUAAUAAUGUUAAAGUUUCAAAGAAAUCGGACUGGCUUAGAUCCGUCAAAUUAUGGAAUUCAGCCCCAGAUCCACCCUCCAAAGAGGAUUCACCAAGAAAAGUUUCAGCGAUGGAGGUAAAUAGAAAUAGCAGUGGUGGUGCAUUUCAGCCCUUUCGGAAAGAGAAAAGUACUGUAUCUGCUCCACAAGGGCCAAUCAGAGUGUCGGAGCCGGUCGCUACCACUAGUUCUCUGGAGGAGAUAGGCCGCAUCUGCGGUGGAAGUAACAUGGACGAGAAGGAAGGACAGUUUCGAAGAAAACCUAGGAGGAGUUGGUCACCUGAGCUACAUAGAAAAUUCUUGCAAGCCCUUCAAAGACUUGGAGGUUCACAGGUUGCCACACCAAAACAAAUUAGGGAUUUGAUGAAGGUUGAAGGUUUAACUACUGAUGAAGUAAAAAGUCAUUUACAGAAAUAUCGACUACAUAGGACACGACCAGGUAAUUUGAUUCACAAACAAGCAGCGCAGUAUUUGGUGAUGGGAGGAAUCUGGGCGCCGCCACAUGAACACGAUGCUGCAAUGGCUACAAUAACCACAUCGGCCACUUGUAAUCGAAUCCAUGCGCCAAUUGCUUCACGGCCACAAUUCUUACAAAGGCUGCAAGAUAAGCAAUUCCACUCCAUUGAUCGAGCCAGUCAUACUGAUGAUAGAGUUCACUCUCAGUCGUCAGCUAACUCGUCUACACAUACAACCACCAAUUCACCAGGUUAUUGA